AGAGCUACUAGGAACUGUUUCUGAACCUAAUUCAGAGGCAUCCAGUGUUGCAGCUAUCAGCAGUCCCACUAAAAUAAGGUCUAGGAAAUCCAGACUAGAUUGAUAGUGGCUAUCUGUGAUAUUGUGUUGGAUUCAAAACUCUUGAGAUGGUUGUGAGAGUAGCAGUGAUUGGAGCAGGAAUAGUUGGACUGAGUGUUGCAAAGGUUUUGCAAGAGAAAUUUCCACAUCUACCUAUUACCCUGUUUGCUGACAAAUUUAGUCCUGGGACAACAAGUGAUGGAGCAGCUGGUCUCUGGAUGCCUUUUCUUCUCGGAGAUACACCUGAAAGUGAUGUUUAUGCUUAUUCCAAGGGCACAUGGGAUUUCUUAAGGGAACUGUGGAAUUCACCUUUAGGUGGAAAGCUUGGAGUGUCCCUUGUGCCAUGUUUACAAACUUCUGACACACCGAGUUCCAUACCCUCGUACAGCGAUUUCGUUUAUGGAUUUCAAGUUCUCAAAAAAGAAGAAUUGGCCCGUUACAAAAAACCACAGUGGAAGCAAGGCUAUCGUUUUGUCACUUUCACCUGUGAAGGAUCCAAAUUAAUGCCACAUUUAAUGGAGCAAUUCCGCAGCAAAGGAGGCAACGUCGUAGUAAAACGGCUAGAGUGUCUCGAAGAAUUAGCUUCUGAUUUUGAUGUAAUUAUCAAUUGCUCUGGAAUUGGAGCCAAAGAAUUGGCCAAAGAUACAUUAGUUCACCCGAUCCGUGGACAUAUCUUUCGUAUAAAAGCUCCCUGGCAAAAAUCCAUUUUGAUUGAUGACAGUGAUGUUGGAAAUUACAUCAUCCCAAACCAGGACAGUGUUGUAUUGGGAGGAACGCAUGAUAAGGAUCAGUGGGAUACCAUUCCCAGGAAAGAAGAUGCCAAAUUUAUCCUCGAAGGUUGUACUUCCCUGUUCCCCUCUUUAGAGAAAGCGGAAAUCUUAUACGAAUGGGUUGGGUUGCGGCCAGGCCGCAGUCAACUACGAGUCGAACUGGAGAAGAAGAUGAUCGACGACAAACCGCUGACGGUCAUACACAAUUAUGGUCAUGGAGGUUCUGGUUUGACCACGUUUUACGGAUGCGCCUUGAAAGUGGCUAAUCUGCUUGAAGGGACCUUAACUUCAGAAAAUUAUUUGGCCUCGAAAUUGUGAUAUAUAAUCAUGAAGAAAAAAAGAAGAUGUCCACAGAUUUGAAAAGGUUCAUGGCGCUUCAGACUUGUUUACUGUUCUUAGUUGAGGAAGAAAUUUAACUCUUUGCUGGCUCAUUUCUGCAAGUUACCUCAUCACACUCUGGGACCUUUGCAUUGACGUGAAAAGUUAGUGGACUUACCUACUAGAAAAUACCCUUACAUUUGUUUAAAGCAAUCAAUUAGCAAGCUGGAUCAUUGUCCGUAGAUAAUAGGGAGGGUUUUCGUGAAGCUGUAAUAAAUGCAAAAAGAGAAUCAACAAAUACAAUAACUCAUAUGGUGAAUUGG